CUCCAACAAUGUUGAAUGACACAGCUUUUAUUAAUCCACAUAGCUUUAAAUCAUGAGAGAGAGAGAAAGAGAGAGGCAAAAGGUUAAAUCACAUGCAAUCCACUUUCACUCAUUCAAAAGACCAAAAAUUUCCCUCACUUACAAGGAAAGAACAAAUCUACAUUCCAUAAUAAGGCCCCUCCCUCCUGCUCUCUUAUCCUCUUCAGUCUCAGUCAUAAUUCAUUCUUUCAAACUUCAAAAAAAUUCUCUAACACUGCUAUUCUACUUUCCUGAUGAACCCCAUCUAGUUUUCCUUACCAGAUAUCAGUGAAAGUUGUUAAUUCGUUUGUCUAGAACAAAUUUAGAAGAUGAGAGCGGGAAUUUGCAGUGUUCAGCAGGCUCUAACUGUUGAGGCUGCAAGCAUAGUUAAACACGCAGUUACUCUCGCUAAGCGGCGAGGCCAUUCUCAAGUCACUCCUCUUCAUGUUGCAAGUGCUGUGCUUGCAUCUUCAAACAGUCUUCUUAGAAGAGCUUGCCUUCAAUCCCACUCUCACCCUCUCCAAUGCAAGGCCUUAGAGCUUAGUUUCAAUGUCGCGCUUAAUCGACUACCGACAUCCACUUCAAGCCCUUUCUUAGGGCCUCUCUCAUCUUAUCCUUCCCUCUCCAAUGCCUUGGUUGCCGCUUUUAAGCGUGCUCAGGCUCACCAAAGGCGUGGCUCGAUCGAAAACCAGCAACAACCAAUUCUAGCUUUGAAAAUAGAGUUAGAAGAGCUUGUUAUUUCAAUCCUAGAUGACCCAAGUAUUAGUAGAGUCAUGAGAGAAGCGGGUUUCUCUAGUGCCCAAGUUAAGAGCAAGGUAGAGCAAGCAGUUUCUUUGGAGAUAUGUUCUCCUAGUCCUCUUAUUAGUAAACAAUCCAAUGAAAGUCCCAAUUCCAAACCUCAGGUUGUUGUUGGUGCUAAUGCAUCUCAAUUUAUGCCUUUUAGUCCAUUCGGGUCCACAGUAAACAGACCACUAGAUCAAGCAAGGAAUGAUGAUGUAAUGAGUGUCUUGAACUCUUUAUUGAACAAGAAGAGAAACACUGUUGUCAUAGGAGAGAGUCUAGCUAAAACAGAGAGUGUAAUAAGAGGAGUGAUGGAAAAGUUCGAGAGAGGAAAUGUUCCGGGAGAGUUGAAGUAUGUGCAAUUUAUAAGCCUUCCUCUUUUGAGCUUAAGAAAUAUGACAAAAGAGGAGGUCGAGCAGAAGCUGGUGGAACUCAGGUGCCUUGUCAAAAGCUGCAUAGGUGGAGGGGUGGUCUUAUGUUUGGGAGAUCUCAACUGGGUGUCUGAGUUUUGGUCAAACUAUGGUGACAAAAAGAGAAGCUACUAUUGCCUUGUGGAGCACAUUAUCAUGGAGAUCAAGAGAUUGAUGCAUGGAAUUGGGGAAACUAGGAAAUUACGGCUUAUGGGGAUCGCAAAUUUCCGUACUUACAUUCAGUGCCAAACUGGCCAUCCCUCUUUGGAGACUAUUUGGGAACUUCAUCCUCUCACAAUCCCAGUUGGGAGCUUGAGCCUAACUCUCAGUCUUGACAGUGAUUCCAAAAAUCAGUUCAGAAGCAACGCUUCUGCAGAUGGGUUUACUUGGCCACUGCUUGAAGCAGGACCUCUUGACAAGCACCUAACUUGCUACACCGACAGCUCUGCUAAAUUCCAUGGGGAGGCUCAGAGUAUCCAAAAUCAAGAGUCUGUCACCAGCACUCCCACUCGCACAACUUCGAGUUUGCCUUCAUGGCUUCAGAAGUACAAGGAUGAGACCAGAAGAAACACUACCAGCGAUCAGGAAUGUGGAAAUGUACGUGAUAUCUAUAAGAAAUGGAGCUCAUUUGGUGGCUCAUCUCCUUCAACCACUUCAAUAUCUUCUUGUGAGCGCAAGACCUGCAACUUGCAACAGACCCAACUUAGUUGGCCAGUCAUUUUUGAGUCGAAGGAGUUGCCUCAAGAGCACCAGUUUUGGGUUUCAGAAACUAACGACGACGGCUGUGAAAGCAAGUUGAAUCCUAAACCAGACCUUCUAUCGAAUCCUAACUCUAGCCCGAACUCAGUUUCUUCGAGUGAAGCAACAGAUGAUAUGGAAGGCCUUAAAAGCUUCAAGGAGUUCAAUACUGACAACCUGAAGACUCUUUGCACUUGUUUGGAGAAAAGGGUUCCAUGGCAGAUGGAUAUUAUUCCUGAAAUUGCAGAAACCAUACUCCAAUGCAGGUCUGGUAUUAGCCAAAACAAGUUGAAUCGCAUAGAGGGUAAGGAAGAAACUUGGAUGGUUUUCUUGGGAAAUGAUUUUGAAGGAAAGGAGGCCAUAGCUAGGGAGCUAGCUAGACUUGUUUUUGGGUCUUCUAGCAAUUUUAUUUCAAUCUCUCUAAGCAAUUUCUCAUCACCGAGAGCUGAUUCAACUGAGGAAUCCAAAAACAAAAGAACAAUAGAUGAACCAGGUACCAAUUGUCUUGAGAGAUUUGGCCUGGCCUUGAAUGAGAAUCCUCAUCGAGUUUUCUUCAUCGAGAAUGCAGACCAAAUUGACCAUUGUUCUCAAAAGGGUAUUAAACAAGCAAUCGAAACCGGAAAAGUCACGCUUCCCGGUAGUGAAACUGUUCCUCUUAUGGAUUCCAUUGUUAUUUUCAGUGUUCAGAGCUUCAGUUCUGUCUCAAGAACCAGCUCGCCCACUAAAAGGCGAAAAAUGGACGAGGGGAAAGAAGAUGGAGAUGAAGAUCCCACAGAAGUAAAAUGCCAAAACAUUCCUCUUGACUUGAAUGUUGCCAUUGAAGCUGACAAAGGAGACGAAGAUUCAGUUGAAGACAUUGGAAUACUGGAAUCCGUGGAUAGGCAGUUUGUUUUUAAAAUUCAGGAACUGUAAUUUGUAGGGGACUAACUAAUAGUUCUUGCAAACUAGGUUUCCAUCUUUGUUGUUUUGUUUUGUUUUUGUUGUUCUAGUUUGUAGAGUGGUGGGGGAGGAAACUAACAUGAGAAACAGGAUACACACAUCCAAAAAGGAGAAAACAGUUUCUAGGAAUUGGUAAAUGGAUUUGGAGGGGGGUAUAAGUUAAUUUCUAUAUAUGUCCAAGGUUUUUAGUCUUGCAGUUACAUCUUGUAGAUUGUUUCCUACCUAAGGUUUGCUAAUGGAGUUUCAGAUUUCAUGUUCAGAA